AUGGCCAUUGAUCUCGAACGCCCGCAGACGCACCUGCUCCUCAAGGAGGUCGAGCCCAUGUCCCGCACGCGCAAGGCCCUCAUUGCGCUCGGUACGAGCCUCGCGUUCCUUGGCGCGUACACGGCGACCGUCGCGCACACGGAGCCGGCGCUCCCGUCCUUCAACAUGGAGACGGUCCAGCUCGCGGCGUCGGCGGCGUGCACGUUCAACGACGGCGACCGCAUCACGGUGCAGGCCGACACGGGCAA